AUUGAAGACAUAUCGAACAGAACACUGCGACAAUCAUUGCCACAUUUUUUACAUAGUGUAUUUUUAUUCAAAACGAACGAGGCAUUUCAGUACUGGAUUACAAAAUUACUACGUAAAUUGGAAUAUUUCAGGGAAACGUUUAAAUUAUUUGUGUAAAAGAAAGGUGUGAUUACGAAAGACAUGAUUUGAUAGAUUGAUUUUAUUGUGACAUUCGAACAAAAUAGCAAUCAUAAAUUACAAAAUGGAUUUAAAUAGUCGAGGGUCGAAAUACGGCCGUACCAUGUUUUUAUUAGUGGUCCUUAUAUCUAUGCAUCUCGAAACCAUAGUUGCCGCGCCAACUAUUAUAACAAACGGUAGAGCCGUUGAAGGCCAAAGUUAUACGUUGAAAUGUCGAGACCUGUCAGCCACAUCUCCACUUACUAUAGAAUGGUCUAAAAUCGGUUCAUCAGAGGUGUUAACGGGAGUAUACACGACGAAGGUGAUAGGUGGUAUUCACGAAAGCUCCUCGUCGUUAACCUUAGCUGUCUCUAGAAACGAUGAUUUAGCGAGGUUCGUGUGCAUGACUACUGAUCAGAAUGGUUUCACCGAUUCCGCAUCAACAAGACUAUACGUUGACGUAAUACCCCAGCCACCAGUAAUAUCUGGGCCUACAGAGGUGUCGGAAGGUGAAACUGCUACCUAUAAUUGUACCCGUGCAGAAGGUAGACCGCCUGCUACCAUCAGUUGGAAGUGGAGUACUGGUGAAUCUAUCUACAAUGACGUCACACCAACUGCCAAUCGGGAAGCUGACAAUACAUUUACGGUUGUCAGCGAGGUCAGAUUUGUCGCAUUGCAAAGCUACAAUGGCCGAAGUCUCAUUUGUGAAACAAGUCAUGCGCAAGAAGAUCAGAAGCAAACAGAUGAUAUAACGAUUACUGUUGUAUAUAAACCAAGUGUUACAAUAGGAAAAAUUUAUUAUGAGCAAACUGUUGGUUCAUCUCUAACACUGGAGUGUACCGUUAACUCUAACCCACCAGCAACGUCUGUCGAUUGGUUAAAAAAUGGGACCGCCAUUACAAGAAGCUCGCGGUAUAGUAACGGUGACGUCAGCACACCAUCACUAACUAUAAAUAGUGUUGUAGAAAGUGAUACUGGUACAUAUGUAUGUACAGCAUCUAAUAAUGCUGGAACUUUGAGCAGUGAUCCUACGCGUGUUGAAAUCAAAUCAUUACCAACAGUCACUAUCCCUGGUCCAUCAACAUACACACAGGAUCUAGGAGAAGACGUAACUCUUCCUUGUACAGUUCAAGCUAAUCCUCCAGCAACUAGAGUCAUCUGGUCGAAAGGACCAAUAUCUCUGGUAGCCUUGAACGCUACUAAAUAUGGCGGUAGUAAUACCACAGAUCCCAGUUUAACCAUAUUUAAUUUAGAAUUAUCAGACGCAGCGAGUUACCAAUGUACAGCCCAAAAUAAUUAUGGAACUGGUUUCAGCGAUAGGACCAUUACAUUGAUCAUUAAUUAUGCCCCAUCUUUUAUCACUGUGACACCACAAAGACAAACUAUCACAGAAAGGAGUCGAUUAACGUUAACAUGUUCGUCAGAUGGUCAACCUGCUCCUAGUUAUAGCUGGACGAGCAAUGGUAGAGAAGUGGGAACAGCUUCUACCUAUACGAUAAUAUCUGCUGGACCAGCAGACCAUGCUAAUUUUACUUGUAGAGCUUACAAUACUAAGGGAGAACAAUCAAAUACUGUAGAAAUUGUAGUUUUGUAUACGCCCGUGGUUACAAUACCUCUGACAUCUUACGGUGCUGACGAGGGACAAUCAGUGACCAUUCCAUGCAACUUUACUUCCAAUCCAGUGGCCACUGGUGUAGUGUGGUCAAAAGAUGGUUCCAAUUUAGACAUCCCUGCUUCUGGUGGGAAGUAUUCAGGAGGAACCACAUUAGCCCCUUCCUUGACGAUAACAUCUCUGACUAGCGCGGAUGCAGGAAGUUACAUCUGUGGUGUGACAAAUGCACAGGGAACUGGAACUGAUACAACAACAGUCUCAAUCGGCUAUGCUCCAGUGAGUGGAACUAUCAGUAACCCCAGCCCUAGGCCUGUAGAGGGCAGUGCUGCUUCCUUGUCCUGUGCUGCCUCGGCGGCACCGGAACCAGUCUAUAAGUGGUAUAAAGAUGGCGUAGAGAUAUUUACGGGGAAGGUUCUACAGUUAUCUUCUGUCAGUGUGUCCGAUACAGCGACAUAUACAUGUAUAGCCACCAACGAUAAAGGUUCAACUAAUGCGACUACGACACUUGAUGUACUAUAUACACCCCGAUUAAGUUUUGAAGGUGAUGUGAAAUCUGUCGGAGGUGAUGACGACGCAGUGAUACCUCUAGUGAUCAAAUCUAACCCAGCACCUACACGUAUCACUUGGUCUAAAGAUGGUCUGCCCUUUGAUCCUACAACCAAUACCAGAAUCAGUGGUGGAACCCCGGCUAACCCUCAAUUAACUAUCACCAAUCUAGUACCCGGUGAUAAUGGCGUCUAUCAGGCUGUUGUUGAGAACUCCAUAGGCACAGUGAGAAGUCCGACAAUAAACGUAACCGGAACUUUUGCGCCAAAUACUGUAGUGAUACGACCACCUAAAGUAACAACCAACGAGGGUCGUCCAGUGAUUGCCGAGUGUUCGGCAAAUGGCUCACCAACACCAACUUAUGUCUGGUUUCGAGGCUCCACCAAAUAUUCUGUAGGGCCUAUUUUAAGUAUUACGUCAGUGACUUUUGCUGAUAACUCCACCUUUACAUGUAAUGCUACAAAUGCAGCUGGAUCAUCAACGGCUCUCGCUAGUAUAGAGGUCUAUUACCAACCGAAAAUAACAUUUGGAGGAGCAGUGUAUAAAAAGGAAGGAAGCAAUGAUGCCAUCGUUCCUGUAGAAAUUAACUCUCACCCAGCACCAAUGGCAUUAACCUGGUAUAAGAACGGAGUUCCGUUUACCCCUUCCCCACCGAAAUAUAGUGGAGGCACCCCGAGUAAGCCCGAGUUAACCAUCAAAGAUCUGGAUGUAACCGAUGUUGGAUUGUAUUACGUUGAAGUACAGAACGACGUUGGGACCGCCAAAAGUGAUAACAUAAACGUCACAGGCCUCUUCCCACCAUCUAAUGUGGUAGUCACACCAUCGUCAAUUAAUGUACUAGAAUUUGACAAUGUUAGCAUCGACUGUACAGCUACCGGGGAACCCACACCAACAUUUAGCUGGAGUCGUGGUGGUGUACUUUAUUCUAAUGGACCACGACUGGCCAUCGCAUCAGUAACACCGGCUCAUUGGGCUAACUUUACCUGUAACGCUGUCAACAAUGCUGGAAGAGGCACGGCUGUUGCUCUUAUAAACGUUUUGUUUAAACCAGUUCAUAACGUACCUCAAGAUGGCGACAAUACUGAAUAUGCAGCAGACGUGGGUGAAACAGUAAAUAUGACGUGUAACGUAAAGAGCAAUCCCGCGCCGACGAUCUAUCGAUGGUGGUUUAACCAAACUCAGUUACCUGAAACAACCUCCACUCUAACGGUGCUAGUUGAUACAAAAAAGUAUGGAACUUAUACUUGUCGAGCUUUCAACCCUCAAGGUGAAUCUGGUGACAUUCGCAUAACGCUGAAAGAUAGAACAGAACCAGGUACGGGCGCGUCAACAAGUGGCGGCUUGUCAACCACAUAUAUAGUCUUGAUUGUCCUUAUAAUUAUUAUCAUACUGGUUAUUAUUAUAAUAGCUAUAAUAUUCUGCUGUACUCAAGGAUUAUGCGCAGCCAUAUGUGGGAAAGGCAAGAAGAAAUCUUCGAAUGGUAAAGUAGAACCAGCACCAGUAAUAGCACCUGCUACUAAAGUUAAACCUUCUCCAUUUAUCAGUAGUGGUUAUACAUCAUCUGAAUCAACAGUAUCUAGACAAGAUGUUUUAGUUACCGUGAAUGGAACAGCUGGUGGAAGAUCUAAAUCAACUAGAUUAAGAAUUGAGGAAGAUGCACGUGACUUUGGUAUACAAGGUACCGGUCCUAUAAUUUCUAUAAUGGAAGGAGAAACAAAAACACCACGUCCACAUCAGCUACCUCCAUUGGGCUAUGAGCCAUCGUCGGAAACGCCGGUUAAAAAGAUGAAAAGAAAGCGAAAACGGCGACCAAAACCGGAAGCGAUAAAUGAGAGUGAAAGUGCAGCCUUAACAGCGAAUCAAGCCACAGAACGGACGUCGCCAAGCAGUGAUGUUUAGUAAACUAUUUUAAGACUCGAAAAGAUUCACCAAAGUUUAGUGCUAUAUACGAAGAAGUCAUUCGCAGUGAUAGUUAAUAAUGGGAGACAACUCUAUGUUUUUAUUGUUUCCUAUCUACGAAUCAAAACCUUUAAAAAAUGUCUUAACGGUUUGUAAGAUUUAUUCUACUCUGCACCAGGAAAGUAAGAUGGUCGUGUAAAAGAUACAGGGAUCUGUGUCUCUCCCUCUGUCUGUCUCAGUCUGUCUGUCUCUGUCUGACUCUCUGUCUGCGCUCUCUCUCUCUGUCCCUCUGUCUGUCUCUCUCUCUCUCUAAAACAGGGGACAGCAAAGCUGAUAAAAGUAAAUGACGUCGUAUUCAAAGUGAUAUAAAUUGAUACCAAAUACUCCACUACUUAUAAACUGUAUAUCUGUAUAUACUUCCAGAAUAUUUAUUUAUUUAUUUUUCAUUUUUUAUAAACACUUUUAAAUAGCAUAUUAUAUUUUUCAAACAUUCAAAUGUUCUGUGUUUAUCGACUAGUUGUUUUAUUUUAGAAAAAAUCAUUUGUUUAUAACAUGCUUUAAAUAUUGUUUACUCGAUGUUGUUAUAUAUAAAGUGCCUUUAAAUGGAUAUUUAAUGAAAUAGUGCUCACACGUAGGCUAAUGUGUAACCGAUAUUUUUAGAUAUACGCAACGGAUGUACUAUCGUCUCAUUUCUGUAUGUACAUAUUAUUUCAAUGUGGUUGUCUGUUCUUCAUGCGUUUUUCUCUACACAUUUUUUGUUAUCAUUCUAGAGACAACAGUUAUUACUACUGGAGAUUUGUUGAGAGAUUUAAUAGUGGCGUUAAAAAUAUUCAGCGCAAUUUCUAGAGUUAUCCCUCUUGAUUACACAAUUUUGCUUAUUUCCACCGUAUGAUCUUUGCGAUUUUCAGGGGAAAAAAUGAUGUAACGUCACACCGUAGAACAUCCGGAAACCUCAAAAGUAUAAUUGGAAUAAAAUAUUCCCUCAAGCAAUGCGAAUAUCCAUAGAAAGGGUAGACAUAUUGAUCUACGCACUUGAAAUCCGGGGAUCGCAAAGGUACAAAAAAAAAAACAUCGUGGCAAUUUUCUGCAAUUUUCGACGACUGAGUUCAGAUAAUUUAUUGUGAGUCUUGGCCGAUAUAUUCGUUGCAUGGUAAUCUAUGUUUAAUUUAAAUAUUUAUUUUUUAUUCUGUGAUAUAUUUUAAUAUAUUGUACACGUAAAUAUACGACAUCAUAGAACAAUAUAAAACAUCCUGCACCACACCUACCACUAGUUGCUCUGUUAUCCUUCCAUAUGACAAGUGAUAUCAGGUGUUUUGUAAGCAUACCCAGCAUCAUGCACUACACCCACCACUUUAUUUCCUAGUAAACGAGAAGUAGUGUCGGGUGUUGUUUUGUUUUCUUUUUUUUUUUAAAAAAAAAGGGCAAGGGUCACCACAAUUUUCUUUUCUUUUAUAUUCCUACAUUAAAUCUAUUGCCAACAUAUUUUAAAUUUUAGGGUUUUUAAUUUGGCAAAUGACUGCUAGAUAGAAUUUGUGGUCUGCUUUGUUAAUAUUAAGAAAGCUAUUCGGAACUAUGAGAAAUCGACGCACCACUCCAACUUAUUUUUAAAAAUAAAUAUAUCCAAUUUAACAACUGUAUGCAUAUUAAGAUAUAUUUAUUUUAGUAGUGACAUUUUGUUGGUUAUAUAUAAAUAUAUAUUCACAGUUAAAUUAUGUUACAAAUUGUAUUAUAUAAUGUCCAUACUAUUGAAAUAAAAGUUUACAAUAAAAAUAA